AUGGACCACAGUUUGGACGGCGAAAAUGAUUUUGGUGCCCUAAUCAACUUUGCUACUUUGAAUGGCACCAGCGACUCGCCGAGCCUUCAGGACGAAUUUGAAUUUUCCGGUAAUAAUAGUCGAUUUUCCACUUUUUUUUAUAUAAUUUUUUUUUGUGUUAGAUGAUGAAGACGACAUCGAUCAGCCGCAAAUGGGCACGCGGGCCGAUAAAUCUCUGGGUUUAUUGGCGAAAAGGUUCAUUAAAAUGAUACAGAAUGCUCAGAAUGGUCGGUGUGAUUUAAAUACGGUGAGUUUGGAAUGACUUAAACUUUUUUCAAAAUCGAUUUUUUUUUAGGCCGCCGAAACAUUGAAUGUACGCCAGAAACGUCGAAUUUACGACAUUACAAACGUUUUGGAAGGCAUCGGACUGAUCGAAAAACGCAGUAAAAACAUAAUUCAGUGGAAGUUUGUAUCGUUUUUUCAAUUGAAUACUAAAAUUGAAUUUUUCAGAGGAGGCGAUUUUUUGAGUGGUAGGAAACAAGGGACAAGUGAGGAAGUCCGACGGGUGGCCGAAUUGAAAAGCGACAUUGAAAAAUUGGAAAGAGACGAAAAAGAGAUCGAUAAUCAUAGCAAGUGGAUGGGGCAGGUUGGUAUUAGGGUUUCUUGAAGGUUUUUUUGGUGUUUUUUUAAUGAUUUUGAGCCCGAAAAAGUUAAAAUAGGCCGUAAACUAGAAGAAAAUUCAAUUUCUUAAAAUCAUGGAAACAGCUCUAAGCGUCGCGGUUGCGUUGCGUUUUAUCGCAUGAAAGUGAUUUUUCAAGUUUUUUCAUAUUUCAUAAUUGUUUCCAAACUUCAGCGCAUUUUCGAACAACUUCCCUGUUUCGAACAUUCUGAAAAACUCACAAAUGAAAAAUGCAAUGAUGCACGUAAUCACUGUUACUUGUAAAAUGAGACCGGACCUGUAAAAAACGGGCGUUUUUUGAAUUAUCAUCAUUAUUUUGAAAUAAAACAAAAAUAACCUUUUUUAAAUCGCCUACUAAUCAUUAGAGCGGGGUCUCUUGCAUGCUUUUGUUUCUCCAAAGUGGUCCCUAUAGGGGUAGGGUUAAAAAAAGCUUCUAUAGGGGUUAAGGGUUCCGAUUAAAAUCGCAUUUCAGUUCGUGAGCACGAGGCGCAAGUAGUAUUAUGUCGGUUGCACUAAAAAUUCCGCCUUGAGCCAUUUUCGGGCGUAAGCGGGCUGUGCGGCCCGGCCCUGGUCCUCAUUUUUGAGAAAAACCCAGGCUUAAUAAGAAAUUUCAAGCUUUAUUAAAAAUUUUGUUUCUGUUGAACUCCAAGUAAAAAAUAGGCAAAAACGUGAAUUUUGUCGUAAGGAAGCUUGAUAUGAACCUUGAAGGAAAUUUAAGCUUCUCGGGCCUCCCUAGGGCCGGACCGGGCUUAAAAACCGACCGGGUGGGGCGACAAGCUGCCCUAGCAUAAGCCUGGGCCAUCAAAAUCUCAUUUUCAACGAAAAAAUAACCGGAAAUGUGCUAUUUUCUCAGAAUUUUGUGCGAUUUCAGAGCCUCCGGAACGUUUUCGACACCUCCACCAAUCACAUGUUCGCCUACAUGAGCAGAGAGUCCGUCGAGGAGGCCUUCCCCGAAAAAAUCACUUUUGCCAUGCAAGCCCGUCCCGGUACCCUCAUCGACGUCUCAAAUCCGACUGUAAGAAAAAAAAAAUCAUCUAAAUCUCAAAAAAAAUUUUUUUUUAGGACGAAUCCUCACAAUAUUGGCUCCAUAUACGCAAUUCUUGUGGGCCGAUUUCAGCGGUUAUGGUCAGCGACCAUAAGGUUAGAAGUCGAGGAGACGCCUAUCAGGUUUUUUUUCUGGGAAAAAAAUACAAAAAUCCCUGAAUCUCAGCAAAAAAAUUCGAUACGCAAACUUAAUUUUUUUCAGAUUUUUUUAAUUUGAGGUAAAUAAGCCUUGAACUAUUAAGAUUGUACGCCCUAAGGAUAAUUUUUUAUUUUUCCCGAAUUUUCGUGAUUUUUUGAGGAGAGGAAAAAAAAUGUGCGCUCUAUUGAGAAAAAUGGUUUGACAUUUAAAAAGCCUCGAUAGUUUGAGAUUGUGCGUCCUAAGAAUAAUUUUUCAGCUUCCUUCAAAAAUUUUUACAGGUUUUGAAGGUUUUUUUCCUUGAAGAAAAAAAGUUCCUUUGAAAUAAAAAGUUAAUGGAAAAAAAGCCUUGGGUUGAGUUUCAGGCGCUCUAUUGAUAAAAAUGGCUUGUGAUGAAAUAGCCUUGAAAUUUUGAGAUUGUGCGCCCCAAGGGUAAUUUUUGUUUUUUUUUUCCCGAAUUUUUUGUGGUUUUUUGAGCUUAUUCCUAAAAGAAAAGGUAUCCUUGAAACAGAAAUUGAUGAAAAAGUCUUGGGUAGAGCUUUUGUGCGCUCUGUUGAUAAAACUGGUUUGAGAUAAAUGAGCCUCGAAGUUUGUGCGCCCCAAGUGUAAUUUUGGCUUUUUCUGAUUUAUCAUGACUUUUUUAAAGGGAGAAAGUGGACCUUUACAGUAGAAAGAAGAGAAAAUUGAAGCUUAGCUUUGUGCGCUCUAUUGAUAAUAAUGGUUUGAGAUAAAAGAGCGUCGAAGUUUUGAGAUUUUACGCUCUAAGGAUAAUUUUCAGUUUUCCUCAAAUUUUUAUGGGCUUCAAGUCUUGUCCUUCGAGAAAGAUGGACAGAAAUAGAUGAAAAAAUCGCGGCUCAACUUUUGUGCGCUCUAUUGAUAAUAUUAGUUUUCCUGAAGUUUGGGUCUCGAAUUAUUGUAACGCCAACCGGACGUUUUUGAGUCAUGAUAGUGGUCAUUUAAGAGUUCUGAGGCCGCUUAAGGGAUCCCUAGGGGGACUCAAAAAUGCCCGGGGCGCGUUACUUCAGAUUUAUUUUUAAAUGGUUGAAAUUCGACGGUUUUUCUCGGAAAUUCAUUAUUUCAAAGCUUUAGAACACAAAUUUCAGUUCUUCUCGAGUAUUUUGAAGGGUUUAAAGUUAUUUCAAGUUCAAUUUUUCGAAUCACCUGUGCAGUGGAGGGUAGAAAAUAUCAUAUGAGAUUUUAUUUCUAGAAAUUUCGCCAAAAAUUUCAUCAGAAAACAGUUUUAAUGCUCCAGAAACCCGUGGAAGAUGGCCUGACAGCCGUCGGUGAAGACCCCGGCCAAAUUCUGGAAGAUGAGGAUGAGGAGCGGAAAAGGAAUGAGCAUGGUUGGAGUCUUUAUAAGGAAAAUACUCGCAAAGAGAAAAAUUUAAGACUCGAAAAAAGAUGAUUCGAGUCAAGGAAACGAUCUGUCAGGGGACGGAACCUCUGCGAAACAGAAGCAAACGUCCAAAAAAGGUUGGGUUUUCUUGGAUUUUUUGUGGGAAUUUGGAAAUUCUUCUAUUUUGAUAUUGUAAGAAAGUCGUUUUUUACCCUAAGAAUGAAAUUUUUCAAGCUUUUCUUUUCCAAUAGGUUAUGUCUUCCCUGAAGCUUCAGAGUGGUCCCUAUAGGGCCCUUGAAGAUUCCCCUCCAGGGGUCACUUUUACAAACUUAAAUGUCCUUUCAGGGGUAUCGGUUCCAAUAGAAGGGGGGUGGCUUCUAGUAAUCCCCAUAGGGGGAGGGGAGGGUUUCUAGUGGUCCCUUUAGGGGGUUUAGUAAUCCCCAUAACGGGGGGUUUCUAGUGGUCCCUAUGGUCCUAUAGACAAGCAUUAGUGUUCUCAUAGAGAUACUAGUUAGUGACCCCUACAGGGGGAGGUUCCUAGUGGUCCCUAAAGGGCCCUUGAAGAUUCCUCUCGAGACGAAAAUACCUCUCCUCCAGGGGUCACUUUUAUAAGCUUCAGCGUCUUCAUGGGGGUAUUAGUUAAGGGUACAUAAAGGAUUGGAGAUUUCUAGUGGCCCUUAUAGGGCCCUUCAAGUUUCCUCUCCAGUGACCACAAUACCUGUCUCCAGGGGUCCCUUUAUUAGCUUUAAUGCUCACUAAAGGGUUUUAGUUAGGGGUACCUACAGGGCUCUUCAAGUUUCCCCUCUAGUGAACACAAUACCUCCCUUUUAGGGAUCACUUCUACAAGCUUAAAUGUCCUAUUAGAGGUAUUGCUUAGGAGUCCCUAUAGGGAGGGGGUGGGGAGGUUUCUAGUGAUCCCUAUAGCGCCUUUCAAGUUUCCCCUCUAGUGAACACAAUACCUCUCAUCCAGGGGUCACUUUUACAAGUUUAUAUGUCCUCAUAGGGGUUUUUGUUAGUGGCCCUCAAAGGGGGAGCAUACUAGUGGUCACUAGAAGGGUUUUAGUUCUAAAUAAUAAGCGUUUUUUGAAUGAAAAAUAUCAACAAUUGAGGAUUUUAUCGAGGUUAUCUUUUUAAUUUCCGAAUCUGAGAAAAAAAAAUGUAAGACCCCUAUAGGGACCACUCAAGCUUUAGAGGCUUAUGGGCCUGACCUUAAACCUCUAUAGGGGCCACUAACUUGUCACCAGUGUGAGCUGUUUUUUUCCUUAAUCCCUCUAGGGACCACUCUGGCGUUCCUAAGUUUCUCGGAAUAUACGAUCAAAAAUAUCAAAUUAAAACAUAGGAUUUUUUUGGAAAGAUUAAAGAUUUUGCAGAUUAAAUUAUAUUUUUUUAUUGUUUAUUUUGGUACGAAAUUCGUUUUUUUAAAGUCAAAAUUGAAAUAAAUGUUCAGAAGGCCCCGAAAUGCCCCAACUUCUGGCCCCGGGGAGCAGCGGACGCGAAGAUUUGGUCUACCAAAUCGAGACCCCAUGUGCAACCGACCUGUUCCAGGAAACCUUGUAA